UCACUCAUCAGGGACUUGCCUGAUGUCGCUUGUGUUUUCCUUAUCGACGACCGAUUUCGGCUUUGAUCUGAGACAGACGGCGGGCGGGCGGAGAUAACGCGCCCGGCUGGUGAGGGGAUGCUGCUCCGCACGCUAUCUCGAGCGGAGUAGGAGCUCCAAUGUAAAUGCUAGAUGGCUGGUUGGUCCCAGUCUUCCCGGUCCCUAGCUCGGGAGGAUUGCUGCGGCAUUAAUAUCAGGAUUCCCAGCUGGCUAGCGGCGCUGGGAUCUUCGUUGUGAGGCCAAGAAUUGGCCCAUGCAGCGUUGAGCAGUAUAGACAGCCCCGCCUCCGGCAUCUCCACCCGUAGUACCAUGGAACCAAAAUAUUUCAAGCAGGGUCGAUCACUUCACCAUCCCAUAUAUCGUCACCCCUCUUCCAGACAGGGAGUUCCUAAUUCCACCUACCACCAUGCCUCCUCUACGAACAAAAGCUCUCAUCAACGUCGACCUUGGCGAAGGCUACGGAAACUUCAAAUGCGGCCCCGACGAUGAACUGAUACCCCUCAUCGACCAGGCCAACGUGGCCUGCGGUUUCCAUGCCGGCGACCCCCUCAUUAUGAUGGAAACCGUUGCCAUGUGCAAGAAGCACGGAAUUACCGUUGGCGCACACCCUGGUCUCCCAGACGUCCAAGGAUUUGGCCGGAGGGAGAUGAAGCUCACACCUGAGGAGCACACCGCCAACAUUAUCUAUCAAGUCGGUGCACUUCAAGCCUUCCUGGCUCGCGAAGACGUCCCGUUACACCACGUCAAGCCGCAUGGUGUUCUGUAUGGCAUGAUGUGUCGGGACUUGGAAGUCGCACGGGCUGUCAUAAAGGGAAUUCCUCCAGGCGUGCCUGUAGUAGGUCUUGGAGGAACAUACAUGGAGCAGGCUGCUCAGGAGCUAGGGGUUCCGUUCUGGGCCGAGCUGUUCGGAGAUGUCAAGUACCGGGCAGAUGGGACGCUGGUCAUUGAUCGGAAGAAGAAGCCCUGGAAAAUUGAGGACGUGAAGGCUCAUGUGCGACAGCAGGUCGAGGAAUCUUCAGCUACGGCAAUUGAUGGGACGAUUGUUCCGAUGGGGGUGAAGGAUUACCCUGUUACGAUCUGCUGUCAUUCAGAUUCCCCUGGGUGCUUGGAGAUUGUCAAGGCUACGAGGGAGGUGGUUGAUGAGUUCAAUAAGGCCCACGGAUUUGCUUGAGAUCGAG